CUAUUCAUACCUCAUUAGCACACAAAUACUCUUGGCUGAUACAACCAUCGCUUGAAGAUGAGCAGAUUUAUUUUUAUAGCCGGCUUUUCACUGGCAUUGUGUCACUUUGGAUUGGCCUCCCAACUGGCAUGUUACUUCACCAACUGGUCUCAGUACAGACCUGAUGUUGGCAAGUACAUGCCAUCUAAUGUGGAUCCACAUCUGUGCACUCAUUUAAUUUAUGCCUUUUCCAUAAUUAAUAAUGAAAAUAAACUGACAACCUACGAAUGGAAUGAUGAAACUCUUUACCAGUCCUUUAAUGCGCUAAAACAAAGCAACCCCAACCUGAAAACUCUGUUGGCUGUCGGCGGAUGGAACUUUGGCACAGCUCAGUUUAGCAGCAUGGUGUCCACUUCACAAAACAGACAGACCUUUAUUCAGUCCAGUAUCACAUUUCUGAGGACUCAUGGAUUUGACGGUCUGGAUCUGGACUGGGAGUAUCCUGGUUCUCGUGGAAGUCCUCCAGAAGACAAGCAGAGAUUCACUUUGCUCUGUAAGGAGCUUUUAGAAGCUUAUCAGGCAGAGAGUGCAGCCACUGGACGCCCCAGACUCCUGCUCACUGCUGCAGUGGCUGCUGGGAAAGGAAACAUUGAUGCUGGUUAUGAAAUUGCAGAAAUUGCCAAGUAUUUGGACUUCAUCAAUAUCAUGACCUAUGAUUUCCACGGCUCAUGGGAGAGUGUCACUGGACACAACAGUCCACUGUACCGAGGCUCUGGAGACAUAGGAGACAAAAUCUACUACAAUACUGACUUUGCAAUGACCUACUGGAGAGAUCAGGGUGCUCCUGUGGAGAAGCUGAGGAUAGGCUUUGCUGCAUAUGGAAGAACGUUUCGCCUGUCGUCUGCAGUCAGUGGAGUUGGAGCUCCAGCCACAGGUGCUGCUUCAGCUGGAACAUACACCAGAGAAGCUGGAUUCUGGUCCUAUUAUGAGAUCUGUACUUUCCUCCAAGGAGCCACUGUGAAUCAGAUUGAUGAUCAGAAAGUUCCUUAUGCAACCAAAGGACAGGAGUGGGUGGGAUUUGAUAACAAGGAAAGCUUCAAGACUAAGGUGGACUACCUGAAGGAGAAAGGCUUUGGAGGAGCUUUUGUCUGGGCUCUGGAUCUUGAUGACUUCAGUGGUCAGUUCUGUGAGCAGGGCAAAUACCCUCUUAUUGGACAACUCCACACGCUGCUUAAUAUCAGCAACAGUGAGUUCCCAUAUAUCCCUCCAGGCACAACAGUUAAGCCCAGAGGGAGCUUGACAACAGCAUCUGCUACUGUACUUGUCACAAGACCUCCUGUUAUACCGACGGAACCCUCAGGAUCAGACUUCUGUACAGGCAAAUCAGAUGGCAUCUACGAAUACCCAGCUGACAGGAUGAUCUACAUUCACUGUGCCAAUGGCAGGACCUUCAUACAGAGAUGUCCUGCAAAGACUGUCUUUUAUCCCGACUGUAAAUGCUGUAACUGGCCUAAGUAACCAUGUUAUAACUGUUACACGACAAAGUAAAUGUUUUAAGUAGUUCUGUAAUAUUUGGGCCCAUUAAUGCCACAAUUUCCUUUCUGUCAUGCUUGUGUUAAUGUUUUAAAAUUGGACAGAUAGCCAAAUAUAUAACACUGCUUCCUUUUGAAAAAUGCUACAUUUAGAUGGUUGGAGAUGUAUAUUUUGUCUAAUUAAAACUAACCUGAAGCAUUAA